AUGUCUGCCCCUAGCUGUAGGCGCCGUGACAGGGGUGCGCAUACUAGGGGUGGGGACGGUGGGAGUGGUGGAGGUGGUAGUAGUGGUGGCGGUGGCGGGGGUGGCGGAGGUGGCGGUGGCGGGGGUGGGGGAGGUGGCGGUGGCGGUGGAGGUGGUGGGGGUGGUGGAGUUAGUGGGGGUGGCGGGGGUGGUGGAGGGGGCUCGGGUGGCGUUCCUGCAGCAGCAGCCGCCGCCGCCCUGCAGCAGCAGCCGCCGCCGGGCCUGCAGCAACACACGCCGCCGCCCUGCAGCAGCAGCCGCCGCCGGGCCUGCAGCAACAGACGCCGCCGCCCUGCAGCAGCAGCCGCCGCCAGGCCUGCAGCAGCAGCCGCCGCCAGAGCCUGCAGCAGCUGCCGCCACCGAUCCAACAGCAGCAGCCGCCGCCGCUCUGCCGCAGCAGCCACCGCCACCCAGCAGCAGCAGCCGCCGCCCUGCAGCAGCAGCCGCCGCCAGGCCUGCAGCAGCAGCCGCCGCCAGAGCCUGCAGCAGCAGCCACCGCCAGAGAUUGCAGCAGCUGCCGCCCCUGGACCCGGUACGCUCUGUGCUGCCCUGCCUGUGCUGCCCUGUACUGCCCUGCCUGUGCUGCCCUGUACUGCCCUGCCUGUGCUGCCCUGCCUGUGCUGCCCUGUGCUGCCCUGCCUGUGCUGCCCUGUGCUGCCCUGCCUGUUGCUGCCCGUGCUUGUGCUGCCCGUGCCUGUGCUGCCCGUGCCUGUGCUGCUUGUGCCUGUUGCUGCCCGUGCCUGUGCUGCCCGUGCCUGUUGCUGCCCGUGCCUGUUGCUGCCCGUGCCUGUGCUGCCCGUGCCUGUGCUGCCCGUGCCUGUGCUGCCCGUGCUUGUGCUGCCCGUGCCUGUGCUGCCCGUGCCUGUGCUGCUCGUGCCUGUGCUGCCCGUGCCUGUGCUGCCCGUGCCUGUGCUGCCCGUGCCUGUGCUGCCUGUGCCUGUUGCUGCCCGUGCCUGUGCUGCCCGUGCCUGUGCUGCCCGUGCCUGUUGCUGCCCGUGCCUGUGCUGCCCGUGCCUGUGCUGCCCGUGCCUGUGCUGCCCGUGCCUGUGCUGCCCGUGCCUGUUGCUGCCCGUGCCUGUGCUGCCCGUGCCUGUGCUGCCCGUGCCUGUGCUGCCCGUGCCUGUGCUGCCCGUGCUUGUGCUGCCCGUGCCUGUGCUGCCCGUGCCUGUGCUGCCUGUGCUUGUUGCUGCCCGUGCCUGUGCUGCCCGUGCCUGUGCUGCCCGUGCCUGUGCUGCCCGUGCCUGUUGCUGCCCGUGCCUGUGCUGCCCGUGCCUGUGCUGCCCGUGCCUGUGCUGCCCGUGCUUGUGCUGCUCGUGCCUGUGCUGCCCGUGCCUGUGCUGCACGUGCCUGUGCUGCCCGUGCCUGUUGCUGCCCGUGCCUGUGCUGCCCGUGCCUGUGCUGCCCGUGCCUGUGCUGCCCGUGCCUGUUGCUGCCCGUGCCUGUGCUGCCCGUGCCUGUGCUGCCCGUGCCUGUGCUGCCCGUGCCUGUGCUGCCUGUGCCUGUUGCUGCCCGUGCCUGUGCUGCCCGUGCCUGUGCUGCCCGUGCCUGUUGCUGCCCGUGCCUGUGCUGCCCGUGCCUGUUGCUGCCCGUGCCUGUGCUGCCCGUGCCUGUGCUGCCCCGGUGUAG